GGGAAAUGUCACAAUAGUGGCACAUCGUAGAGCUACAGUUUGUUAUGAUUUGUAGCAGUUUGUGCUCUAGGUUUUUGUUAAUAAAAAAAGAAUAAAAAAGACGUUAAUUAGCAUUUUGUUGAGUUUGAUUUUUCUACGGUUGUCAGUGGUAUUUUGUGUAUUAUUACAGAAGAAUAAAAUGUCUAGUUUCAAAGAAAAUUGUGAAAAAUAUUUCGGUACCGCUGAUUUUUAUGAAGUACUGGAAGUUGCGAAGGAUGCUUCUCAAAAGGAAAUAAAGAAAGCCUAUCAUAAAUUGUCCCUGUUGGUUCAUCCUGACAGAGUUGAUGAUAGUCAAAAGCUGGAAGCUACUGAGAAAUUUAAAGUUCUUGGAAAAAUCCAUUCCAUCUUACAAGAUGAAAAUAAGCGUAAGAUUUAUGAUGACUCCGGUGAGUUUGACGAUGAAGGUGAUGGCGAUUUCAACUGGAUGGAAUACUGGAGGAGUCUUUUUAAAAAAAUAAGCCUCAAAGAUAUUCAGAAUUUCGAAGAAGAUUACAUUGGCUCGGAAACGGAAGUAAGAGAUAUCAGAAAAGCAUAUGAAUCUUGUAAAGGUAACAUGACAAAGAUGAUGGAGCAUAUUCCAUUUGCCAAUCCAGAAACUGAACCAAGAAUUAUAGAAGUAAUAAGGGGUUUAGUUGAUAAAGGUGAAGUUGAAGAAUAUGACCAGUUUUUCAAUGAACCUGCUAAAAGACGAAGAUUGAGGCAUAAGAAAUAUCAAAAGGAAAAGGAAGAAGUUGAAAAGGAAUCGAGUGUGAAGAAAGCUAAAUUUCAACAAUACUCAGAUUUAGAAAAAAAUUAUAUUGGUUCAGAAGAUGAAUAUACAGAUAUUAAAAAUGCUUAUGAAUCUUGGAAAGGAGAUAUUACUAAAAUGAUGGAUACUAUUCCUUUUGCUAAUGUUGAAAAUGAACCAAGAAUUAUUGAAAUAGUCCGAGGAAUGGUUGAUCGUGAGGAAGUACAAAAAUAUGAAUUAUUUUUCAAUGAACCUCUUAGUAAAAAACAAAAACGGCAUCACAAGCUCAAGAAUGAAAGGGAGGGUAUAGAAAGAUAUUCUAUGGAAGAUGAGGAGAGUUUAUCUAAUGAGAUACAGGAGAGAGCAUCAUCAAACUUUAUGAACAUGAUUUCCAACUUAGAAGCUAAAUAUGGAAAUAAUAAAAGUAAAUCACUAACUGAAGUAAAAACAACUGCUAAGAAAAGAAAAUUUUCUAAAAAAUGAAGCUCAUAUUUAUUGCUGAUCACUUUUCAAUAUCUGAUAUUAAGAAUGGACUUUUUUGUUAAUAGUUUUUCUCCUAACGUUAUAUAAAUUUAAUGAAUAUAAUUAUUCCAGUUA